AGACAUGGACAUAGAACUGCGGAUUUGCAACAUUCCUUUCCAACUAAUCCGCUUAAAGUACAUUCGUUUUACCCAUAUGGACCUGGAGAAUUAAACUUGGAAGGAAAGAUCAACAUGUCUGGAGUUGGAAAAGCUUUAAAGAAAAGGUAUGGUGAUUUCCUGGGUGAUGUUUAUUAUGAUGGUUUAUUAGAAGCAAUCUCGUCGGAAUACAAGAGAGCAAUGAUGAGCUUGCAAGCAGUGUUAGCAAGUUUAUUCAAACCAUCAAAAUCACAUUUAAAAGGUGAUUUGAACUGGCAACCUGUUCCAUUCAAUUAUAUACCAUUCGCAAAAGAUAAUCUUUUAGCGACGUACAUAACUUGCCCAGAUAUAUUUAAUCUUCAGACAGAUUUAGACGAAGAUACCCAAAAACUCUACACAUAUCUUUCAAAAUACAGUGGAUUAAAUAUUACAAACUCGCAAGAACUAUUUACAGUAUAUCACAAUCUUAGAAGCUUGUAUGAGCUAAACUUAGAAGUUCCCGAUUGGGUUAAACGUAUUUGGCCGCAACCAAUAAAAAAUGCAAGUCAACAAUUUUGGGAAGAUAUUAUUAAUCAACAAUUGAAGAAAUCAGCAGGUUCGUUGCUGAAGAAAAUCCAUGAAGAUUCCCAACGAAAAAUUGAUGGUUCAUUUAAACCAAAAAUAGUUAUUUACUCUGGGCACGAUAUAAACAUUGUUUCGUUGAUGGGAGCGUUUAAGCUCUUUCAAAAGGAAAAUAUAAGAUAUGGCAGUUACGUAAUUGUGGAGCUGCAUAAAAUCGAAAAUGAUUAUUAUAUUAAAAUUAUUUACGAGAAUUACAAUUUAAGUAAACCAGAGGUUAUGCAUGUACCAGGAUGCUCGGAAUUUUGCAAAUUUGAAAAGUUUGUUGAAGUCACCAAAAUGUUUUAUCCAAAUGAAAACUGGUGUUCAUAA